AUGACGCCGAGCAAACCGAACAAGCCUAGUGGGAUAGAGUCCCUCCCUGUGGAGGUCAUCGAUCAGAUCAUAUCCUACCACGCCGGCUCUCGAGCCUUCCUCAAGAACCUCCGUCUAGUCCGACCCUUUCACAAGAGUGCUUCAGCCCUUGUCUGCAACACCUUCCGAUUCACCUUGACACCCAGCAAUCCAGACAAGCUCGAGGAAAUCUGCAAAACACCGUUCGUCAACUACGUCGAGACCCUGCAUCUCAAACUGGAUCUUUCCGUCUACCUCUUCUCCAAGAGCCAGUGGGAUGAGACGACCGCGCAAGCCGCCAUGGAUUGCAUCGAGCGCUGCCUCAAGCUCUUCCCACGCCUGAAACAACUUGCCGUGACCUGUCCUCCCCACUGGGGUGGUUACUACAGCUCCACCGCUGCAAGACCAGACAUCCUACAAAGCGUCAUGACAGCCUUCACCCUGUCCCCGCCGCCAACCCUCACAGAACUCGACGUCAGAUUCCCGGAACGUCUCAAACUCACGCAGCCCGCGGGCAACGACGACGACGCCAACCCCAACCGUGGAAUAGCCCCGUGGGUCGCAAACCUUCACUCGAUCAGCCUCAUCUUCGACCAGCAGUACGAGCACAAAGACGACGCUGUGUGCGAGCUCCUGCAGUACGGCGCGAACCUUGAGACUGUGCGGCUGAGGCGCUACACGCGGCUGUACAACACCCCUCGCCUCUUGAUCCACCACAAAGCGCCCCUCAAAUGCCUGACGCUCGAGGGUGUGACUAUAUCAGGAGAGUCACUGGCGUACACGAUCGCGAGCUUCAAGCGCACCGUGACGCACAUGGUGCUGGAUGAUGUGAAUCUUUCCGACGGCAGGUGGGAGGACGUUCUGCUGGAGCUGUCGACCUGCCAGAACCUUGUGGUUCUCGACCUCAGCCGGUCCAUGGGGUAUGCCCGCGGCGAUCAGAACUACGAGGCUAUGUUGGCGCUGUUCAAGCGGUGUCGGGUCAUACAAGACCGGGCCAGAGCACGGAAGAUCGCCAGGAGCCACGACUGA